AGGCUUUGUUUUGGAAGCAACCUACCAGACAAGAGGCAUAAGCAAACCAACCACGUAAAGACGUGGUCUGAGAAUCUAAACGAUUGUUUGGUUUCUUCCUCAGAAAAGGCCGAGAAAAUUAUGGGACAGAAAGGUCCUCCUAGUGGUCGGGACAGUGGGAAGAAAGUUGGGUCUAUCCGGUCCGUUUUCAUGCAUGCUGAUGGUGUUGAUAAAUGCUUCAUGAUCUUAGGGCUCUUUGGAUCCCUUGGUGAUGGAUUCUCGACGCCCUUGGUGUUGUUGAUCACUAGCCGCUUGAUGAACAAUAUUGGAGGUUCAUCAACUUCGGCUCAGGAUGAUUUCUUGCAUAACAUCAAUAAGAAUGCAGUGGCGCUGUUGUACUUGGCCUGUGGAUCAUUUGUUUGUUGUUUUCUAGAGGGUUAUUGCUGGACAAGAACAGGUGAGAGACAAGCGGCUAGAAUGAGAGUCAGAUAUUUGAAAGCAGUGCUAAGGCAAGAUGUGGGCUACUUUGAUUUGCAUGUGACAAGCACCUCAGAGGUUAUCACAAGUGUCUCUAAUGAUAGCCUCGUGAUUCAAGAUGUCCUCAGUGAAAAGCUGCCAAACUUUUUGAUGAAUGCCUCAAUGUUCUCUGGAAGCUAUGUGGCGGCCUUUAUAAUGCUGUGGAAGCUAGCAAUUGUGGGAUUUCCUUUUGUGGUGCUUUUGGUAAUUCCUGGUUUAAUGUACGGAAGGACUUUGAUGGGUUUAGCUAGGCAGAUUAGAGAAGAGUACAACAAGGCUGGAUCAAUAGCAGAGCAGGCAAUAUCUUCUAUCCGAACGGUUUACGCCUUUGUCGGAGAAAACAAAACCAUCUCAGAAUUCUCUGCAGCUCUUCAAGGCUCUGUCAAGUUGGGAUUGAACCAGGGCUUGGCUAAAGGCCUAGCCAUUGGAAGCAAUGGCGUCGUCUUCGCCAUUUGGUCUUUCAUGUCAUAUUAUGGUAGCAGAAUGGUCAUGUACCAUGGUGCUCAGGGAGGCACUGUUUUUGCUGUUGGUGCUUCCAUAGCCGUUGGUGGAUUAGCACUAGGUGCUGGUUUAUCAAACUUGAAGUACUUCUCAGAAGCAAGCUCAGCAGCAGAGAGGAUAAUGGAAGUGAUAAGAAGGGUCCCCAAGAUCGAUUCAGACAACAUGGAAGGUGAGAUUUUGGGGGAAGUAUCAGGAGAGGUUGAAUUCAAGCACGUAGAAUUCGCCUACCCAUCAAGACCCGAAAGCAUUAUCUUCAAAGACUUCAACUUGACAGUGCCAGCGGGAAAAACCGUGGCCUUGGUGGGCGGCAGUGGCUCGGGAAAGUCCACAGUGAUAUCACUGUUGCAGAGAUUUUAUGAUCCACUUGGUGGAGAGAUUCUUCUUGAUGGGGUGGCCAUAAAUAAGCUCCAGCUAAAGUGGCUGAGGUCACAGAUGGGUUUGGUGAGCCAAGAGCCGGCGCUGUUCGCAACCAGCAUAAAAGAAAACAUACUUUUUGGCAAGGAAGAUGCCGAAAUUGAACAAGUCAUUGACGCUGGAAAAGCCGCUAAUGCCCAUAAUUUCAUCUCUCAGCUGCCUCAGGGAUAUGAUACACAGGUUGGGGAGAGGGGUGUUCAAAUGUCAGGAGGACAAAAACAGAGGAUCGCCAUUGCACGAGCCAUCAUCAAGAAACCUCGUAUCCUCCUCCUAGACGAAGCCACAAGCGCAUUGGAUUCUGAAUCCGAGCGAGUCGUCCAAGAAGCUCUCGACAAAGCCGCCGUCGGCCGGACUACAAUCAUCAUCGCGCACCGCCUCUCCACCAUCCGAAAUGCCGACGUGAUCGCCGUCGUUCAAAACGGGCAGGUCAUGGAGACCGGGUCGCACGACGAGCUGUCCCGGAUCGAAGACGGGCACUACACGUCGUUAGUCCGUCUGCAACAAACAGAGAAACAAAAAGGACCAGAGGAGUUAGGCUCGUCGUCUAUUUCAAACGACAUUCACAACACAAGCAGUCGCAGGCUCUCCCUAGUGAGCCGUUCCAGCUCCGCUAACUCAUUCGCGCAAGGACGAGCCUCGUCGCUCGCUGGGGAUCAAGAGAAUAUGGAAGAGUUUGAUCAGCAGAAGCUGCCCGUGCCGUCGUUUAGGAGACUGUUGGCUCUGAACCUGCCGGAGUGGAAGCAGGCGAUUUUGGGUUGUUUGAGCGCGACUCUGUUUGGUGCGGUCCAGCCGGCGUAUGCAUUUGCAAUGGGGUCCAUGGUUUCUGUGUAUUUCUUGACGGACCAUGAUGAGAUCAAGGCCAAGACGAGGACUUAUGCGCUGUGCUUUCUUGGGUUGGCAAUCUUCUCGUUGCUGGUCAAUGUGUGCCAGCACUAUAACUUUGCCUACAUGGGAGAGUGCUUGACCAAGAGAGUUAGAGAGAGGAUGCUCUCAAAGAUUUUGACAUUUGAAGUCGGUUGGUUUGAUCAGGAUGAGAAUUCCAGUGGCGCCAUUUGCUCUAGGCUAGCCAAAGAUGCCAAUGUGGUGAGAUCUUUGGUGGGUGAUCGGAUGGCUCUGGUUGUGCAAACCAUCUCAGCUGUGGUUGUGGCCUGCACAAUGGGUUUGGUGAUUGCAUGGAGGCUGGCCUUGGUUAUGAUAGCCGUGCAGCCACUCAUCAUUGUGUGCUUCUACACUAGGCGCGUCCUGCUCAAAAGCAUGUCCAGGAAGGCCAUAAAAUCCCAAGAAGAAAGCAGCAAGCUCGCAGCCGAAGCAGUGUCUAAUCUCAGAACCAUCACCGCCUUCUCGUCCCAAGACCGCCUAUUGAAAAUGCUCGAAAAGGCCCAAGAAGGCCCCCGCAGAGAGAGCAUCCGGCAGUCAUGGUUUGCGGGUAUCGGGCUUGCUUGCUCUCAAAGCCUGACGACUGUCACUUGGGCCUUCGACUUUUGGUACGGAGGCAAGCUUGUCGCCAAGGGCUAUGUCCAUGCAAAACAGCUCUUUGAGACCUUCAUGGUCUUGGUAAGCACGGGCAGGGUCAUCGCGGAUGCUGGUAGCAUGACCACGGACCUCGCCAAAGGCUCGGAUGCUGUGGGGUCCGUAUUCGCCGUGUUAGACCGAUACACGAAGAUCGAACCCGAAGAUCCCGAAGGUCUGGAGCCCAAAAGAAUAGUGGGUCACAUUGAGCUACGCGACGUGCAUUUUGCGUACCCGGCUAGGCCCGAUGUGAUGAUCUUCAAAGGCUUCUCGAUCAAAAUCGAAUCAGGGAAAUCAACGGCGUUGGUGGGACAAAGUGGGUCAGGCAAAUCAACCAUCAUUGGAUUAAUCGAGAGAUUCUAUGAUCCAAUUAAAGGGGUAGUCAAAAUCGACGGUCGAGAUGUGAAGUCUUACCACCUUAGAUCACUGAGAAAGCACAUAGCGUUGGUCAGCCAAGAGCCAACGUUAUUUGCUGGGACUAUACGCGAGAACAUUGUAUACGGCGUGUCGGAUAAAGUUGACGAAUUGGAGAUAGUGGAAGCUGCGAGGGCAGCCAACGCUCACGAUUUCAUCGCCGGGCUCAAAGACGGAUACGACACGUGGUGCGGAGACAGAGGUGUACAGUUGUCCGGGGGUCAAAAGCAACGCAUUGCCAUAGCCAGAGCGAUAUUGCGAAACCCCGUCGUUUUGCUGUUAGACGAGGCAACCAGCGCGCUUGAUAGUCAGUCAGAGAAGGUGGUGCAAGAUGCUCUAGAGAGAGUGAUGGUGGGGAGGACGAGCGUGGUGGUGGCCCACAGGUUAAGUACCAUACAAAACUGUGAUCUUAUCACUGUGCUUGAUAAAGGGAAGGUUGUGGAGAAAGGGACCCACUCGUCGCUUUUGAGUAAGGGGCCUACCGGUGCAUAUUACUCACUGGUCAGUCUCCAGAGGACCGGGCCCACUCAAAGUGUUCACUAAAUUGCAAUGAAAUUAACCCCCCGCCUUAAAAAAAUAAUUUCCUUUUGUUCUUUUUGUUCUUUCCCCCCAUGGAAAUGCUCGGUGGCGAAGGCCUAAAAUAGUUAUAGUAGGAGUACUAGUAGACAAUCCCAUAUCUUGAUUAUGCAUGGUCCAUGCAGGUGAGGAGUGAGGAUGGCAUGGCAUUUGAUGUUGCAAAAGCGCUUCGAUUAAAUGUCUAUGUAAUAAUGGUAUUUUAUGUGUAGUA